GUGGGAGACCUUGGGUAAGAUGGCGAUCGGAGUUCGGUGAGAACGGCAGACAUAUUUGCUGCUCUUGCGUUUAGUGAGUUUCGCUGUCGUUUAUUGGUAAAUUUCAUUGUUAAAAAUUUGAGAAACUGUUUCUUUUAACUGUUUACAAAUGUCUGGAGGCGUUGCAGUUGCAGAAUCUAUUGCAGAAGCUUGUUUGAAAAUUGAACCGAGUGACGUUGCGCGUCGUAUUGAGAACCUCCCAGAUAUGCAGUCGACAGACGCGCAAGUGGAUGGCGGGUCAAAGGAAGAAGACACCGCUAAUACAAACGGUGAAGGUACUGCAUUCAGAAAGCGAAAGAAGACUCGAAGAGGAAAGCCGAAGAGACGCAGGUUGAAACCGUAUUCACGUCUUUGGCAAGAUGAUAAACAGCGUUCGACAAAUAACAGACGAUCUAAAGUAUAUGCGUAUGGACAGCCAGAAGCGCCGUUUAACACGACACAGUUUUUGAUGGCGGAUCACGAUCUUCAGGGAUUGGAUGACCAUCUUCGAAAUGUCCCGGUUGUACAACGACCACCAAGAGCGCGAGAUUCGAGUUUUAGCGUGGAUUCGGAGGAUGAUUAUUUUUAUUCCUCGCCGGAAGACGAAGGCGAAUUUCUUAGUAAAGAAUUCACAAAUACUUAUGAAGAUCUCCACGCAGAAAGGAUAAGUGCUAUGUCGAAAAAUCAACUAAUUCAAGAAUGUCUGAUGCUGGAGGAGAAGGUUGAAAUGUUGGAGACAAGAGUGAAAUCUCUUGAAGGCAGCCGGGUUACGGAUCAGGUGAGCGCCGACAGUGUAUCGGAAGAACGAGUGGCGGAUGCAGCGGAACUUGAAAGGUUACAACUCGAGAACGAACAGUUGCGGAGAGAGAACGAUCAUCUUAGAAGGGAAAACGAUCAUCUUCGUUCUUAUAUGAAAAGAAAUUCUUCGACUGUUUCGUCUGUGGAUUCAGAAAGUGAUAGUUCAUCGUCUUCGUGCUCAACAGGCAGUGAUUCUUCGGAAAGUGAACAUGAGAUGGAAGACUGUGAAGAGACUGAUGCAGUGAGAUUCGAAAAUGAAGAAAUCGAUGCCACUGACCGCGAAAAUCCGGAAAAUGUUCAGUUUGACAGAUCGACAGCUGAUGUCCCUAUUAGUCCGGCACAUGAGGGGACUGCAGAUAUGAGAGAGGAAAUUGACAGUGAAGAGCACAAAAAUUCAGACCAAAUUCAAAGGAAUGGUAGUUCGUUAACAGAAGUGUUUGCGGCAGAGCCCGAGCCAGAAACUGCUGUACCACAAGGCAGCAGUUCUGCCCGGUUGGAGAGUAGCGAAAUGGACAGUGAAGAAAGUAAAUAAGUUGCUGUAGGUCAUCAGGAGUUGAGGUACUGUGGCAGAUACCAUAAAGGAUGAGGGGGCCUGGAGGUGAUAAUGCUAAUACAACAUGGCUUCCCAUAGUCCUGCAUUUCUGCUUGAAAGUGAUCUGAUUAGUAUUCUGGGGGCAUCAUGACGGUAUCUCAGCAAUGGUGAGAUAGUUGGAGGGUCUGCAGUAUACACUACAGAUCUAUCCAUCCACCAUUUAUUCGUCAACAUGGUGUAUGGAGAAAGAAGAUUGUUGACUGAUCGGACAUCAACAAAUUGUGAUAUCUUUGUUCGAGGAGCCAUUUUUUGUGCACUGCUAACGGUAUAUCUGCAAUUCCAUUUGAAGUUGCUGACUCUUGUUGAACUGUUAAGGAAAAGGGAUGAAUUAUAUAUACUGCAGUGAGAACUAAAUGUUUCUUACCACCAUAUAUAUCACUGCAUUACUUCCAGGUCAAACUGUUGCUUUGUCAAACUAUUUAAUAUAUUUAUAAAUUACGGAUACCCAAAAUGGCUAGUCAUAGAAAGAAAGACAGAAAAAUGCAGUAACAAGUAGCAGCAGACUGAUACGAAGAAAAUGCAAGAUGAGUUACAGCUGUGUCCAUUUAAUUUUUUCCCCCUUUCCAGAUGAUUUUCCUUCAAACUUAACAUCAUGGGAGAAUGUCUCACAUAGCCUCUGGAUAUCACUGUUUCCUUCAA